AUGGCGCGCUCCUCGCGGGGGGGCGGCGGUGGCAGCAGGCGCAGCAGGACGUGCUGGAUGUGCAGCUGCGGUGGGUGGAACUGCGACUGGCGCACCACGCGCCUUGGCUAUGGGCACGCUGCCCCGCCAUGGGCGCUGGAAGCAGCAGCAGCCAAGGCCAAUCCCCAGGCUGAUGAGGGCGGCUGGGUGGAUCAGCCGCGCGGGCGCCGCGCCCAGCGGCAAGCCCGCAGUGCUGCAACGAGCGCGGCCACCUCCAAGUCGCAGGCCUCGGCAUCGGGCGACAGUGGGACGCCCGGCGGCAGCGGCGCCACAGCGAUCGAGAGGCUGCAGGUUGCGGUCGAGCAGCUGGAGGCGCUGCAGGCGGAGCCGCCCGACGGGGUCAACGGCUGCUUCACCGACGCCGUCGCCAGCCAGUUGGAGGCCAAGCGCGCCGAGCUGGCCGAGGCCCAGCGGGCUGCAGCGGAGCAGAAGGCGUCUUCCAUGCCGCUUUCGACGCUGCUCCACAAGGAGGCGAGCGCCAUCAGCAAGGCGGAGAAGCGCCUCCGAGCAGCGCGCCAGAGCCUGGAGCAGAAACAAGACUUGGCGCAGCUCGACGCGGAGGUGGAGGAGGCCAGCCGUGCGCUCCACGUCCUCGAGGAGGAAGCCCGAGUUGAGGCCGCUGCGCAGCUGCGCCAGCGCGCGGCCGAGUGGGUAGGAGCCAGCCAGGCCCCAGGGCUCUUCAUGCAGCUGGACAAGCUGCCCGAGGCGUGGGGCUCCAGCAACUUCGAGGUGGCGUGGGCGGCCAUUCGCGCCCAGGUGGAGGCGGUGCGUGCGCAGCUCGCUGAAGCCCCUGCGGUCCCGAGGAGAGCACCCUGGGCGGAGUCGUGCCCCAUGGGCGAGAUCAGCAGCGAGGACGGCGACCACGCAGGAGGCAGCGGGCUUUGGCAGCCGCAGUGCGCCGCGGAGCGCGGCCAGGCCGAACGUCGCGGCGACGCCCACGGCGAGUGGCCGAAGGUCGCCCAGGCGUGCAAGCGGGAGCUGGCGGCCGAGGCUGAGGCCCCACCAGCGCCAGGCCAAGCUGCGACGGCAGCUCAGGAUGUACGCAGCGGGCUGGAGGAGCUCGGGAUCAACGGCAACGCAUGGAGGAAGAGCCUGGAGGAGAUCGAGGCCUUGGGCUCUCGCAACAGGGCCCUGCCGCACCUUGUGAGGCUCCAGGAGACCCGCCUGGCUCCGCACCGCCUGGGGGAGGCCACAGGAGCAGCGCGGCGCAUGGUAUAUACGGCGUUCCUCCACGCGUCGGCACCCACGGACAAGGAGGGCCCGCUGGCGCACUCAGGCGGCGCCGCAGCCUUGGUUCGCAGCGACCUGCAGGCAGCUGUGAUAGCCUGGCAGGUCCCGAGCGACCUGGGGCAUUGCGCGAUAGGAGCCACAGCGUCCGCUGCGUCAGACCUGCAGCUGCUGGCAUGCUCGAUGCACCUCCAGGACGGCCUGGGACCCAAAGGCGUCAACCUCGACUUCCUCGCCGCCGUCGGGGACAUGGUGCUCUACCAGAGCCCGCGGUUCUUGUCCUUCGUGGGCCUGGCCACCGAGUCGUUCAGCACCAACGGGACAGUCCUGGCGGGGUGUGCGUGGGCCACCACUGUGGGCAAGCUGCCUGUGCUGACAGCCCUCCGCGCCGCCUCAGCGGGCGGCAGGCCACUGGGUGUCGCUCGCACCGUCGUCGACGACAUCGGGCCGCAGGCCGUGGGCACGGAGCGGCGGGUCGCCGCGCUGCUCGGCAACGCUGGGCUGGAAGUGGAUCGCAGCCGCCGUGGUCAGCACCUUCCCCUCAGCGCUGCCAAGACGACCUUCCUCACUUCGAGCCCCAGUCUUGGAGGCCAGCUCGGUGAGUGCUGGAAGCCGCAAGGCUGGACCUUCCGUAAGACCUUGCAGGCCAGGCACCUCGGCACGGACGCCGCCAACACGAGGGGAGGAGUACAUGGGGGCCGGAUCCGAGCUGCAGGAGCGUUUCGCCGAGCGCGCAGACUGGGCUGCCUCCCAACCGCCGGCGUGGAGGUGGACCCGAUCCACAAGGCUGGGCCCGCGGCCAGCGUGGCAUGGGGUUACACGGUCACGGGCAUCGCGGACGGCGAGCUACACAGAUGGAGGCUUGCGGCCUGCCGCAGCGCAGGAGCGCCCCCCUUGGGCGCGGAGCGAGGGCUGCGCAUGCGCUGUGCCGAGCUCAGGAGGAGGCGUGACCUGGAUCCUGCAGCCCUCACGGCAGGCCACGCAGUCCAGAGGAUGGCGGGCCUGCUUCAGUUAGGCGAGCUGCCACCCAGGAUGAUGGAGCGGGGGCUGGAUGCGGUGGCCACCAGAAACGCAAGGGCUGACGCGCCAUGGAAGCACGGCGCCUCCCCCUUCGACGCGGUGGUACUGACCUGUGCGCGGAUCGACUGGCACUUCAAGUCCGAGCGGUGCAUGGUCACGGACCUCGGCGGUGAGCUCGAGCUCGACCUCAUGCACCUCGGCCUUGGCACCCUCCUGCUGCGGCCGCUGUACUGGGGCGCCAUCGGACGCCUGCUCGGGCCAGACAGCGGGCCCAGAGUGUGGGAGCAGAACGUGCUCGAGGCCUACAUCUCCAACGCGCACUGGACGCAGGCCAGGCUCUUCGAUGCAGGUGAACAGGGGCAUGCGCGCUGCUGCGGUUACGGAGCAGAGGGAGGCACCUGGUGGCACCGUCUUCUCGGCUGCCCCGUGCUCGAGCCCCAGCGGCGCGACGGAGUGUCGGCACGGCUGAAGCGGGGUGCAGAACGAGCGCGGGUCCCAGGCGAGCGCGCAGGCGACAACUUCGGCCGCUGCUGGCCGCCCGCACCAGAGCCGCCGCAGGGUCGCCGCACUGACGCCAUGUGGGGGCAAUCUGUCUGCAGGCCAGCCGAUGAUAAGCUCAACGGCAAGCUGUGCCUCGAUGGCUCGGCGCUCGAGCCGCAGGUCGGCGCCUUGCGCUGCGCGGGCUGGGCCAUAGCGCAGUGCGACGACGACGGUGACCUGGUGGCAGGGGACGGCGAGGUUUUUGCAGCCUGGAUGCUCGCCGCCUUCACGGGGCAAGCAGUGGAGGAAGUCAACAUCGACUGCAGCUACACAGCGUGCUUCCUGCGGAGAGGGCGUGCGUACGCCACCGCGCCCUGCAGGGCGAACGCCUCCCUAUGGUGCAGGAUUCUGGCAGCCUUCGAACCGGGCGCUUUCGAGGUGAAGAAGGUGCCAGCCCCCUGUUCGAGGCAGGCAGUGCUCGACGGGCUCCUGACGGAGGCUCAGAGGCGCGGCAACGAGCACGCCGACCGCCUCGCAGAGAUGGGUGCCCAGAUGCAUGCGGUGGACAGGCUGACAGUUGGCGUGCACCAUGCGCUGGCGGAGAUCGUGCAUGAGCUCGGGCGCUGGAUCUGGUGGGCCGCCAUCAUCUGGCCAGGCAUCGAGGCCGGGGGGGACUGCGAAAAGGUGUCUCAGGCAGCGGAGGAUGCCACGGGCGAUGGGCCGAUGGCCAAGCAGCCACGCCUGGAGAGCGCCCGCUCGACAGGCAGCAGCUCGGCAGCCCUUUCGGCCAGUGCAGUAGCCUUCAGCAUUCUGGGACAUGCCCUGUCCUAUGCCUGCGCCGGAGAAGGCGAGGACACCCAGGAGCUCGUGACAUGCUCCAAGUGCGGCGCCUACAUGACGCUGGGCGGUCGCUCAGGGGUCAGGCCUCGCCUCAAGGAGCGGUGCCCAGGAGACAAGACCGACAAGGGCGGCAGGAACCAGCGCAGCCUGUGGCUACGAGGACUCCAUCCAGGAGGCAGGAGGCAGGAGGGGUCACGAGUUGCCAGGCACAGAGUGAAAGGAGAGGGCAUCCCAGCGCUGCGCUCGCAGGGUCCAGUGCCUGAGCACGCGCAGGAGCGGUACCUGGAGUUGCUUGGCACUGCAGCGGAGCCAGCUGUAGACUCCUCGGCCACUGCGAGCAGUGCAGGCAGCGCCCCAGCGGCAGCUGCGGAGCCGCAAGUGGCAGCGGGCCCAGGAGAGGCCCCAGCGGAUGCGGCCGACGCUGCGGCCGCUGCCAGCCUGCCUCUGCAGCGCCCAGCCGCAGCGAGGACUGGGCUCCUCGGAGCCUCCGGGGUCACCAGGGAGGAGCUCGCCGCUGCGGCCGACGCUGCAGUCGAGGCCCUGGAGGACCGCAGGGUGCGCCGCCGCAUGGCGCGCCGUGGCGGCCCGACCGUGCUUCAGGCGGCAGUCGAGCAGCUCGUGGCGCUGCAGUCCGAGCCCCCUGACGGAGUGGACGGCUUCUUCACCGACGUCGUGGCCAGCCAGCUGGAGGCGAAGCGUGCCGAGCUGGUCAAGGCCCAGAAGGCAGCAGCGGAGCAGAAGGCCUCUUCCCUGCCACGGGCGACGCGGCUCCACAGGGAGGCGAACGCCAUCAGCAAGGGUGAGAAGCGGCUCCGGGCAGCCCGCCUGGAGCUCGAGCAGAAGCAGGAGGCGCGCGACCUCGUCGAGGCCCAGCUCCAGAAGGCCCAGGACAAGCUCGCGGAGCUCGACGCGGAGGUGGAGGGGGCGAGCCGCGCGCUCCAGGUGCUCGAGGAGGCAGCCCGCGAGGAGGCUGAGGCGCUGCGCCGCCAGCGCGCAGCCGAGUGGACAGGAGCCAGCCAGGGGCCAGGGCUCCUCAUGCAGCUGGAGAAGUUGCCAGAGGCGUGGAGCUCCAGCAACUUCGAGGUGGCCUGGGCAGCCAUUCGUGCCCAGAUGGAGGCAGUGCGGGCGCAGCUCGCGGGGGCCCCUUUCGCCCCCGAGCGUGCGCCGUGGGCGGAGGCCUGUCCCAUGGAGGAAAUCAGCAGCGACGAUGGCGAUCUCGCGGACGGCGGCGGCCCCUGGCAGCCCCAGCCAGCAGCGGAGCGAGGCCAAGCCGAGCGGCGCGGCAAGGCGCUGGGCGAGUGGCCGACGGUGGCCCAGGCAUGCAAGCGGGAGCUGGCGGCAGAGGCCUGUGCGGCGGGCCCGCGCCUGCACGAGAGCGGCACCGAGGUCGUCGAGAGCGACUUGGCCGGGCUCCACGGCAUGGGCGUCCUCGACCCGCCCAGGGGCCAGGAGCGCGCUGCAGGGCCCAGCUGUGUCCGCGUCCUCCUGGACGCCGAGGAGAGCCUGGUUGGGGCCAUCGAGUUCGGCACCAGCGAGUGGAGCGACCCCGCGGGCAGAGCAGGCGUACCUGGGCAUCCCGAGACGAUGGCCAGGAUCGCGGAUCCGCAGCUGCCUACCGAGCAGCCACUCAGGGCGCGAGCUCAGGGACGGGAGGCGACGGCAGCCAGGUGCGCUACAGCCGCCACAGGCGUGCGCCGUGCCUCGCCCGUCUGCGCGGUGAUGCGGACCCAGUGGAGCGUCGACUGGUACCUCGAGUCGGAGUGGUGCAUGGUCAUGGACCUCGGUGACGCGUUCGAUCCCAUGUUCCUCGAGCCGCGGGCGAUGAGCUCCGUUGCAGGCACGUAUGCUCAGCAGGCCUGCUACCGCCAUGGGAGGCGGGGCCCCUACUGCAGGCCCCUCUUGCGUCGGCAGUUGUUCGGGGGCGCCAUCGGGCUGCUGCUCAGGCCAGGAGUCAAGCGGUGCGUGAAGGCGCGGCGCGCACGAGGAGGUGGUGUAAGCGGACUCGACAGCAAGCAGUGCGUCAAUGGCUCGGCCUUGAGCAGCGAGGAGGUCCCUCCUGCGGGCGGGAUCGGCCAGGUGCAGUCCGCGGCGGCAGCGGAGCCCCUGCAGGAUGGGGAGGCCCUCGGCGGCGGCGCCCCAGCCGCGCGGCCCCGCCCGGAGGACAGCCGCUCGACGGGGAGCAGCACAGCCGCCCUCUCGGCCACCGCUGUCGCCUUUAGCAUCCUGGGGCACGUGCUCAGCUAUGCCCGUGCGGGCGAAGGGGGGGACACCCAGGAGAUCGUGGCGUGCACCAAGUGUGGCGCCUACAAAGUGCUGGGCAGCCACGCAGGAGGCAAGUCUCGCCUGAAGGUGCAGUGCCCAGGGCCCAGCUACCUGACCAACAAGUCGGGCAGGAACCAGCGCAGCCUGUGGGAGCGAGGGCUCCACGCUGGUGGCAGGCCUCGAGCGGACAAGCAGAGAGUGAGAGCAGAGGGCAUCCCUGCCUUGCGCUCGCAAAGGCCAGUGCCAGGACACGCCCAGGAGCGCUACCUGGAGUGGCUCGGCAUGGAGGCGGAGCCUGCAGGCGGAGCCUCUGCCGCGGCCAGCAAUUCGGGCAGCGGCCCAGCGGCUCCCGCUGCAGCGCAGGUAGUGGAGGCGGCGGCGGCCAGCCUGCCCCAGCAGCGGCCAGGCCCGAGUGCUGGCGCCCUCGGCGCAGGUGAGGCCGCCGAGGAGGAGCUCGCAGCCGCGGGCGCCGCACCCAGCGGUGGCCUGGUGAGCCGUGGGGUCCGCCGCCGCCUGGCGCGCCGCGACUCG